AUGCCGUCCCCCCGGUCUCCCUCCGCCAAGCGCAAGCGCAGCGGCUCGCAGCACACGCCCGCCCAACAAAAGCCUCAUCUAUCGGCGACCGAGCUGCAACCCUCCUCGCGCGACGCGUCUGGCGAAGAAGGCGGCGAGGAUUCCACCGGCCCAGCCAAUGCCCCCCCUCCGACCACAAUGGGGACUAAACACAAGAAACAGCAACCCUCGACAUCGGGGGAUGCGGUGCCGCCAUCGAAACGUGCCCGCAAGAGCUCCGGGGACGCGAGCCUCCAAUCCUCUUCCACUGCGAUGCCCAACGGCGACGCCCAGAUCCACAAGGAGGAUCCCGGCGAGCCGUCAGAGACCACCGUGGCCAGCAGCGACAUUGAGAACCAGCCAAGGGCUCGGCCCGGGUUGCACAUCAAGAUGCCGACUGAGCAGGAGGCUAUCGAACCGCCGCUGCGUGCAGGGUUGCAGGACCCUGUGGGAUACCACACCAACCCGCCGCCGACGGGUCGACCAGUGCGGGUGUAUGCGGACGGAGUGUUUGAUCUGUUUCAUCUGGGUCAUAUGAGACAAUUGGAACAGGCGAAGAAGGCUUUCCCCGAGGUUUACCUCAUUGUCGGUGUCACGGGCGAUGGGGAGACACACAUGCGCAAGGGUCUGACGGUUCUCAGCGGUGCAGAGCGUGCCGAGACCGUCCGGCAUUGCAAAUGGGUGGAUGAGGUGAUUCCCAACUGCCCGUGGGUUGUGACGCCGGAUUUCCUGUCCGAGCACAAGAUCGACUACGUCGCCCACGAUGACCUGCCCUACCAAGCCGCUGAGGGUGAUGAUAUCUACGAGCCUAUCAAGGCCCAGGGCAAGUUCCUGGUGACCCAGAGAACGGAGGGAGUCAGCACCACGGGCAUCAUCACUCGGAUCGUCCGAGACUACGACCAGUACAUCUCCCGCCAAUUCAAGCGCGGUGCAUCCCGUCAAGAGCUGAACGUCUCGUGGCUGAAGAAGAACGAGCUCGAGAUCAAACGCCAUGUGACAGAGAUCCGCGACAACAUCCGCACCAACUGGACCAUGACUGGCCAGGAACUGGGCCGCGAAUUGCGCCAGAUCUGGCAGAACAGCCGGCCCGGCAGCCCCGCGCCCAGUGCACGCACCAGCAUGGACUUCGGCAAUGGCCGCGGUCCCCUCACCAGUCCCACGGGCGGCAGCAAGUCCCAUCUCUCGCGCGUGGAAGCCCUGAACCGCCCAGACAGCCCGAUGGGCUCGCCGCGGAACGAGGACUUCGCGACGGGGUACAGCUUGGGUUUGAUUGGGGGCGUACGAGCAUGGAUGAUGCGCAGCCGCCAGUCGCUUCAGGAACCCCAGAGUCACCCUCACUCGCCGACCGAUGAAGACGACGGCGAUUCUGAGCCCACCAACGGCUUCGACGAAGAAAUCCGCGGCCGCACUGGUGGCACCGGAGUCUCUGCGUCGCAGUAG